AUGCACAGCAUUUUGAAACUUCUUCUCUUCACCUUUUACAGCCGGUUUAUCUGGAACUUCUUCCGCCUUGAAAAUGAGCAUCUGAAUAAUUGCGGUGAAUUCCGCGCCGUUCGUGAUAUCUUUAUUACCCCACUUCCAAAACGUCCUCCUCCGAGCAGCGGACCAAUUUCCGGUUUGUCGCAGGCGCUCUCAAUGAACGUGGCCCUUGCUUCAGUUGCGGUAGCCGCCAGCUCGUUAGGCACUGAUAUCUCUACAGUAAAUGUGCCCGGUGCCACUGUCGGUGUUGGAGAGGGAAACUCUGUCAGACCUGAGGGCUACGUCAGUACAGCCGAACCUGAGGCAAAUUUGGAAACUAUAAGGCGGCGAGGGAGCGCAUCUGACCGACCUGGGUUCAAUGAAAAUUUGAGGUGA